AUGAGUGCAUCGGUCAACGAUUCAGCCAUGUCCACAGAUUUGGAGAAUGGCUCAACGAGGCGGCCGGAUGGAUCCUAUCCCGUCGAAUUCGAGCCCGAGAACAAGAUCAACGGGGCUCCAGAAUAUCAGCAAGAUGCUUUUGGCAAUGAAGAAGGCGCCGAAGUCAAGUACAAGGUCUUGAAGUGGUGGCAAUGCGGCUUGCUCAUGGUUGCAGAAACCGUCUCCCUCGGCGUCCUGUCUCUCCCUGCUGCAGUUGCAACGUUAGGUCUGGUGCCAUCCAUCAUUCUCAUCAUCGUUCUUGGCCUCCUCGCCACAUGGACCGGAUACAUGAUCGGACAGAUGAAGCUCAAAUAUCCAUAUAUUAUGAACAUGGCAGACGCCGGAGAGGUGCUCGCCGGCUCAUUCGGGCGUGAAUUCAUGGGCAUCUGCCAGAUCCUAUUUCUCAUCUUCAUCAUGUCCAGCCAUCUGUUAACAUUUACCGUUGCCAUGAACACCAUCACCAGCCACGGGACCUGUUCUCUUGUCUUUGGCAUUGUCGGCACGAUCGUCUCCUUCCUCUGUUGUCUACCACGGACCCUGGAGAAGAUGUCUUGGCUGUCUCUUGUUUCCUUCAUCAGCAUCAUCGCCGCAGUCUUCAUCUGCAUGGUUGCCGUCGGCAUCGAAAACCCCGGCAGUGGAGUCGUCGCCGUCGCUCAGACAGACUUGUACCAUGGCUUCGCAGCCGUGUGUAACAUUGUCUUUGCCUUCUCCGGCCACGCGGCUUAUUUCGGACUGAUGGCGGAGUUGAGGAAUCCACGCGACUUUACCAAAUCUCUCUGUCUGCUUCAGGGUAUUGAUAUCAGUCUGUACAUGAUCGCUUCGUUAGUGAUUUAUCGUUAUGCCGGAGACGGCGUCACAUCUCCGGCAUUGGGCUCGGCGUCUCCAUUGGUGGCGAAGAUUUGUUAUGGGAUUGCUCUUCCUACGAUCAUCCUCGCCGGUGUGAUCAAUGGCCACGUCGCUGUCAAAUACGUCUACGUGCGACUGCUGGCUGGAACGGACCGUAUGCAUAAGCGAGACUGGAUCGCCGUCAGCUCGUGGGUGGGCAUCGCCGCCGCCCUCUGGAUUAUCGCGUGGAUCAUCUCCGCUGCAAUUCCAGUCUUUAGCAACUUGCUCAGUCUGAUUACUGCCCUCUUCGCAUCAUGGUUCAGUUACUGCCUGGGUGGCGUGUUCUGGUUGUACAUCCACAAGGGUCAAUGGAUGUCAUCCACGCGAAUGAUGGUAUUUUCCAUUAUUAAUGUGGUGCUGAUUGGGAUUGGAUUGGUCAUUUGCGGUAUGGGUCUUUGGGUCUCGGGGAAGGCUAUCCAUGAGAAUCCAAGUAGUGCGAGCUUCUCGUGCGCUAACAAUGCCUGA